UGUGUGGAUGCCAUCAUCGAGCUUCAUUCAUCAUUUGUGAUUUUGCUUUGUCAACGUUCGCAACAAACCAACAAUUUAAAAAAAUUGAAAAUGAAUUUGAAAAUAAUAUUAUCAUGGACAGUGGUAUUGUUUUUCAUUGAUAAUGUUUUGGGUCAAAUUGGCAUUGGUGGUCCAUAUGGUGGUUAUUUUUUCGAUCCAAAUGAUCCGAUUGUACAGACGAAUUUUGGCCCGGUACGCGGUGAAAAAUUUCAACCAGGGCAAUCAUUUCAAAAUAAUCGUCCAUACGCUAAUGGUUUAUCCUAUGUACAAUUUAUUGGUAUUCCAUAUGGUGCACCACCGGUCGGUGAAAAUCGUUUUCGACCACCACAUUUUCCACCAAUAUGGACAAAUACAUUAGAUUGUACUGGACGUAAACGUAUAAUGUGUCCACAAGUUUAUCAACGGUUUCCCAAUAUUGCCGGUAUACGUGAAGAUGAAGAUUGUCUCCACUUAAACAUCUAUAUUCCAGUAGAUAAUCGUCCAAACACUAUACCAGUUUUAGUUUAUAUACAUGGUGGGGAAUUUCGUUUCGGUGGCAAAGAUUUUUAUAAACCAGAUCUUCUAUUGCAAGCUGGAAAUAAUGCUGCUAGUCACUUUAUAAUUGUUACAAUCAAUUAUCGUCUUGGUGUUUUGGGAUUUUUAUCCACCGAUGAUUUCAAUUGCCCGGGUAAUAAUGGCAUCCGUGACCAGGCAUUAGCAUUACAAUGGAUCCAUGAAAAUAUUGCCAAAUUUGGUGGAAAUCCAGCCAAUGUCACCAUUAUGGGUCAUGAUGCUGGUGGUGCAUCCGUUUCAUUUCAUCUUUUAAAUCAAGGUGUUAACCAAUAUUUUAGCAAUGCCAUAUCCAUAAGUGGAUCUGUUUUCAGUCCAUGGGCAAUACAUGAUAAUCCAUUAGCACAGGCAAGAGAUUUUGCACAUCGCUUUAGUUGUGGUUAUCGUCAAGAUCAAAUAGUUGAAUGUUUACGUUAUCAAGAUUUGCGACAAUUGAUGGCUGUUAAUAAUGAACGUGAUUGGGAACAAAAUCGUCAGCCAUUUUGGUUUCGUCCGGUUGUUGAUCGUAAUGUAUCGAGUUCAGCAUUACUGCGUGAUUUUCCAUUGAAUUUAUAUAAAAAUGGACAAUUCAAUAAAAAACCAUAUCUAGUCAUUGUAACUGGUCGGGAAGGUAGCCUAGAAUAUUAUCUACAAUCAGGUCGCAUGCCGCAAGGUAGCACGGCUAAUCUUGAACAACAAAUAUCAUUCCUGAUACGGCCAUAUCUAAGGUAUUAUACAAACGAAUUAAUUAUGGCCGAUGCAUUCGAAUAUCGUUAUUUUAAUCGUACCCAACGAACAUUGACAAUUCCACAGAAUGUAUUGAAUAAUAAUCCAUCGUUAAUACAAAAUCAAUAUACAUUGAAUAAUCAAAUCAAUACUGGUGGUUAUAAUCCAUUUUCCGUCCAAUCCAGUGUCAAUACUAAUAAUGUCGGUUAUACACAACGUGAAUUGGAUCAACUAUUUUCUGAGAUGCUUGGCGAUUUCCUGUUUGUGGGUCCUGUUGAUUAUGCUGUACGAUUGCAUUCGGCACAAGCCCAAGCAAUGAUGUUAGUAUUCGAUUAUGUCGGGCAACGAUCAUUCGGUAUUAUACAAAAUGAUGUUCUACAACAAGUCAACAUUGAAACAUAUGGUGCAACACAUUUCAAUGACAUAUUCUAUUUAUUACCCAAUGAAUAUGAUCCAUCAGGUUUAUCGAAUCUGGAAUUGAAUGUUGCAUUACAAUAUUGCCGUUUUAUUGGCGAAUUUGUAUUGCAUGGAUUUUCUGCACAAACACGUUAUGUAUUCUACACAGCAGCAUCACCUAAUUAUCAGAUUUUAACACGUACCGGACAAUUAAUACCACAAAAUGCACACAAUCAACAAGGAUACCGUACAACAUUUGUUGAUUUUAUAAAUAAUUUUAUCUAUAAGCUGCAAGAUUCGGCCGUAAUAUUUCCACCAUAUUUUCCGCAACAAGAAUUUAAAUCCUAUCAACAAGCAACAUGGUCACUAUUAGGUGUAUUGAUAUUCAUAUUGAUUAUUGCCAUCAUAUUGGCCAUCAUAUUGAUUGUACGCAAACGUCGUGAACAUCAAGAAGACAAGGAACAAUAUCGCCAUGAUUCAUCACCAACACAGGUUAAAGUCAAACAACGUUUCGAUGAUUGAAACAUUGAGCAAUAACAUUUUUUCAUACUUUUAAUCUAUUAUGCAUGUAAAUGAAUUUUUCCUUUAAUAAAAUCAAAAUAAAUAAUUCUUUUGUCUCCA